CGACCACGUGUCGGCAUAUGGCGUUGUGACGAGGACAACACACCCUCUCUUCCCUCCACACACACACACACACACCCCCCCCCCACACACACCCCUAACCCCUCACACACACAUUCGGUGACUUGCCCCCCCCCCCCCCCCCCCCCCUGUGGUGCCCGCUGGGCAGCGGCGGAGGCCGGGCUGAAGAAGAUGCGGCCAUGGACGGGCUCGUGGCGCUGGAUCAUGCUGGUGCUGCUGGCGUGGGGCACGCUGCUCUUCUACAUCGGCGGGCACCUGGUGCGCGACAGCGAGCACCCCGAGCGCUCCAGCCGCGAGCUCUCCAAGAUCCUGGCCAAGCUGGAGCGCCUCAAGCAGCAGAACGAGGACCUGCGCCGCAUGGCCGAGACGCUACGGUUGCCAGAGGGGCCGGCAGAUGGAGGUCGGGUCCACAGCCUUGAGGAGCAGCUAAUCAAAGCUAAAGAGCAGAUCAAUUCCUACAGAAGUCUCCCUGCUGAUGGGCCGGGUCAGAACCACGAGGAGCUGCGGCGGAAGGUGGAGAACGGGAUGAAGGAGAUCUGGUACUUUGUGCGCAGCGAGAUCAAGAAGCUGGGACACAUGGAGAGCAGCGACAUCCAGAAACGAGCCGACACCCUGCUGCAGGACCUGGGGGAACAGCAGAGGUCGAUUAUGACGGACCUGUACCACCUGAGCAUGGCGGACGGAGCGGGAGACUGGAGAGAGAAGGAGGCCAAAGACCUGUCCGACCUGGUGCAGAACCGCAUCACCUACCUGCAGAACCCCGCGGACUGCAGCAAGGCCCGUAAGCUGGUGUGCAACAUCAAUAAGGGCUGCGGCUACGGCUGCCAGCUGCACCACGUGGUCUACUGCUUCAUGAUCGCCUACGGCACGCAGCGCACGCUCAUCCUGGAGUCGCAGAACUGGCGCUACUCCAACGGCGGCUGGGAGACCGUCUUCAAGCCCGUCAGCGAGAGCUGCUCGGACCGCAGCGGGGCCUCCACCGGACACUGGUCAGGUGAAGCUAAUGACCGCGACGUGCAGGUGGUGGAGCUGCCCAUCGUGGACAGCCUGCACCCGCGGCCGCCCUACCUCCCCCUGGCCAUCCCCGAGGACCUGGCCGACCGCCUCCACCGUCUCCACGGCGACCCCUCCGUCUGGUGGGUGUCGCAGUUCGUCAAGUACCUGAUCCGCCCCCAGGCCUGGCUGGACAAGGAGAUCCGGGACACCACCGCCAAGCUGGGCUUCAAGCAUCCAAUCGUAGGGGUGCAUGUCCGGCGGACGGAUAAGGUGGGUACGGAGGCGGCGUUCCACCCCAUCGAGGAGUACAUGCAGCACGUGGAGGACCACUACCAGAUGCUGGCCCGCCGCACGCACGUGGACAAGAAGCGCGUCUACCUGGCCACCGACGACCCCUCGCUGCUGCAGGAGGCCAAGUCCAAGUACCCCGACUACGAGUUCAUCAGCGAUAACUCCAUCUCAUGGUCAGCCGGCCUGCACAACCGCUACACUGAGAACUCGCUACGAGGGGUCAUCCUAGACAUCCACUUCCUGUCGCAAACCAACUACCUGGUCUGCACCUUCUCCUCACAGGUGUGCCGCGUGGCCUACGAGAUCAUGCAGACGCUGCACCCCGACGCCUCUGCCAACUUCCACUCGCUGGACGACAUCUACUACUUCGGCGGGCAGAACGCCCACAACCAGAUCGCCAUCUACAACCACGAGCCGCGCGGCGGCGACGAGAUCCCGCUGGAGCCCGGCGACGUCAUCGGCGUGGCGGGGAACCACUGGGACGGCUACUCCAAAGGCAUCAACCGCAAGACGGGCCGCACCGGCCUCUACCCCUCCUACAAGGUCAAAGAGAAGAUCGAGACCGUUAAAUACCCCACCUACCCCGAGGCAGACAAGCUCCUCAAUCAGUAGAGAGAUACGGACAGAGAGAGUGAGAGAGAGAGAGAGAGAGAUAAGAGAGGAAAAAAGAAGACUAUAAGAUGGAGAGAAUGAGAAGAGGAAAAGAGAAGAGGUACUGUUGCUCUCUCUCUCUCUGCUUGAUGUGAAAAAAAAAUCCAGACCCUUCAGAAGGGGAAUGCACUUUGUGUUUUUGUGUGUGGAUGAAGGUGUGUGUGUGCAUGUGUGUGUGCGUGUGUGUGUGUGUGUGUGCGUGCGUACGUGUGUGUGUGUAAGAUGAAGGGGGUGAUUUUACAGGGUAAUAGUCACACUCCUACUGGACUCUGUGCCCUCCCCACUCUGCCUCUCCUCCCUCUUGUCAGGGUUGAGAGCGGAAAAAUUGAUGAGCGCUAGAUAGAGAGAGAGAGAGAGAGAAAGAGAGGAAGACAAGUCAGAAAGAGGAAGAGCCAAAAGAGAGUGAGGAGGCUCAAGUGGAAAGAAGACUUUUCCAGAGCAAAACUGUUACUGAAGUGAACUUCUCGAGCCGAUGCUCACUGACUCUCCCAGCCUCCGGUUCAAUGAAGGGAAAAAAAACGCGAUCUCGACGGCAACAAAAAAUAUUUAAAACAACAAUAACAGUUAAAAGAAAAAAAACAUUAAGCUGAGAACUUUAAUAUCCUGAGGAAAAAAAGACAUACUGUACACUCAUGAAUUGUGAAGUACCAAGAAGAACUCCUUUUUUCUCUCUUUCCCCUUUCCCCCCCUCUAUACUGUUUCUCCUCCCUAUGUGGACAUUGACUGCACUCCUCUGUAGCCAAAUGUUUUCUUUUUUCUUCUUCUCUGCUACCAAUCUUUCGAUCAUGCCAUCUCACCUGCCGACUUAUCCUCUACCCACUUGCUCUUAAUUUUUUUUUCACUGCCAUUUUGUGCUCUUUUAAAAGUGAUUUCAACAUUUUUAAGUUGUUCUGUGUAUGUGUGUUUAUGUGUGUUUGUGCGUAUAGUUCAAAAUAUGGUGCCUAUAAAAAGGUGAAAUGCUUGUAUACCUGAAGUGUGUGUGUGUGUGUGUGUGUGUGUGUGUGUGUGUGUGUGUGUGUGUGUGUGUGUGUGUGUGUGGGAGUGGGUGUGUAUGUCAGUAUGCACACACGUGUGUGUGUGUGUGUGUGUGUGUGUGUGUGUGUAUGUGUGUGUGCGUGCGUGCGCGCACAUUUGGUGUGUGUGUGUGCGUGUGUGUGCGUGCGUGUGCGUGCGUGUGUGUGCGCUGGAAGUAUCUGGAACGUUCCUAACCAGCCUUGACUCACUGAGGACACACUCCAGCUCCAUUCCUGUGUCUUAUGCAUCUCCGUCCCACAACCCCACUGUCUCCUUUUUAUAUGUCAAAUAAUGUUAUUAAAUGAUAAACACUCAACAAAAUGGAAGUUAUUAUUAUUAUUAUUAUUAUUAUUAUUAUUGAAGAAUUUUGGAUGGCAGGAAUGAAUAUAUUGUCAUAACUGGUUUUAGUCUACCAUGAGGACAUAUCCAUGUUUUGCGUUUGAACAUUGUCUUCGAUAAAGCCGACCAAAUAAAACCGGUCA